AUGUCAUUCAAAGAGCAUAAUCGUCUCUACGACCUGGUCGUCUUUGGAGCUACUGGGUAUACCGGCCGUGUAGUAGCGGAGUACAUUACGGCCAACUUCCCGAUCAACACAAAAUGGGCUGUUGCGGGUCGCUCCGGGUUGAAGCUUCAGGCAAUCGUCGACAAUUGCAAAACGGUGGAUUCAGAUAGAAGCCCACCAGAAAUUGAAAUCGUCAAUGUGGAUAACAAUGAAGAGAUGAGCGCGUUGGCGAAGAAGACGUUUGUCGUGAUCACAACUGUCGGCCCUUACAGCCAAUAUGGAGAGCAAGCGGUGAAGGCAUGCGUGGAGGCCGGCACGCACUAUCUUGACGCAACUGGUGAAGCACCAUGGGUCUAUAAGAUGAUUAAGAAAUAUGAACAUGCCGCCAAAGAGAGUGGCGCUAUCCUAAUCCCUCAGAUGGGCCUGGAGUCCGCCCCUCCAGACCUCUGUACCUGGUCCUUGGCCAAUAAACUCCGCAAAGAACUGAAUGCCCAAACCAAAGACGUCGUCCUCUCGCUUCACGUUUUUCGAGCGGCACCAUCUGGGGGCACCAUCUCUACUGUUCUCAGUGUAUUCGACAACCUUACUUUGAAUGAAUUGAUGGAAUCUGGAAAGCCUUUUGCUCAUUCCCCUGUGCCUCACCCGGCUGAGCCAAAAAGGCGUCAGACUUCCAUCUGGCAAAAGAUUUUUGGUAUCCACACUGUCCCUAACCUUGGAACUCUGACCACGGGCUUGACUGGCACUACCGACCAGGGAGUAAUAGAACGCUCGUGGGGGCUUUUAUCGGAAGUUCCCAGCCGGAAAGACCAAUUUUACGGGCCAAACUUUCAUUGGGAAGAAUACAGCAAGCCUCGCAACUGGCUAGAAGGCAUUUUGACUCAUUGGCUGCUCACGGUUGCAGUUCUAUUCCUAGCGAUGGCGCCUAUCAGAGCCGUGGCCAGAAAGUUUGCUCCAGAACCAGGCACGGGCCCUUCCAAAGAAGACAUGGACAAAGAAGAGGUUGAGUGGCGCGGCAUAGCAAAUCCCGAUACGGAGUUGCCUGCCAACAAGCAAGCCUUUGUUCGAGCUUGGUAUCAUGGCAGCAUGUACAAGUUAACGGCAAUGCUUUGCAGCGAAGGCGCACGUAUACUUUUGGAGGACGACCUCGACUUAGAUGGGGGAUUCUAUACCCCGUGUUGCCUUGGGCAGCGCAUCAUCGAUCGGGCUCAUGAGGGGGGCCUGAAGAUUGAGACGCGAAUUCAACACAAAUGAGUCUGAGCAGCUUACUGCACUAUAUGGUCAUGUGCCUAUACUUGGCUGAAUCAAUUUUGCCGACCUAGACUUUCGAGCGGUUGAAGUCUCUUCAUGAAGAUGCUCAUAAACACCUAGUAAGUCGAUAUAUAGCCGUGGUGAGUCCGAAGGUGGUAUUCAUGAGGAGCAGCCUGGUGACAGUGACAUUGUGAUCUUGAGACUUCCUAGGUAGGUACCUACAUAGUUUAUAGACUCACGUAUUGUCUCAUAAACGUAUUACUACUUGCUAUAUACAAACUAUCAAUGUAACUCAGAGAAGCUACAUUACAUACGAAAC